UUCGUUGCGUUAGGGCAAUGGGAUGCGAAGCGCCUCGAGGCGCUGCAAUGCGGCAUUGGUUUCCAGCGCAAGAUCGCAGAUCAUCCACAGUUUAUCAGCUAUCGACUUGUGCUCUUCUUUCAAGCAAUGGGGACGCCACAGCCAUUCUCCGGAGGCACUCCGAUCAAACAUCGGUGUUUCUCUUUCGGCACUACAAGCAUGCAGCAAGCUCAAAGACUCAGAGAUCGGGAGAAAAAUCCACAGCGAUGCCGCUCAAGGAGAAAUCGACGCAAACAUCUUCGUGGCCAACACGCUGAUCAGCACGUACGCGAAGUGCCGGCUCAUGGAAGAGGCGGCCAAAGUUUUCCAUGGUAUCCAGACUCGCAGCGUGGUUUCGUGGAACGCUUUGAUGCUGGGCUAUGCCGAGAAUGGAGAGGAAGAACUGGCACUGGAGCUCUUUAGCCGCAUCCAACGCGAAGGCCCUGGACCGAAUGCUCGAACUUUUGCUGCUGCUGGUAAAGCUUGCUCCGGUUUGGCGGUGAAAGAAGCUGGGAGGAAGAUUGGAACGAAGGUCUUGAAGGUGGCGGCUUUGGAGGUCGGGCGAGGGAUUCAUGCCCAAGCUGCAAAGGUGGGAUGCGACUCGGAAGUUUUCGUCGCGAGCACCUUCAUCGACAUGUUUGCGAAGUGUGGAAGCAUGGUGGACAGCGAUGGAGUUUUCUCCAAAGCUCUACAGCGUGAUGAAGUUUGCUGGAACGCUUUGAUGCUGGGGUACAUCGACAAUGGGGAAGAACGGAGAGCUCUUGAGUUAUUCUCCCGGAUGGAAGCAGGAGGAUGCCGACCAAACGCUCGAAGUUUCGUGGGGGCGCUUAAAGCUUGCAGCGCUUUGGCGAAAAAAGAAGAAGAACAGGAGGCAUUACAGAUUGGCAUGGCGAUACACGCUCGAGCGUCCAAGCUCGGGUACGAAAAUGAAGGCUUUGUUGCCAGCACGCUGGUCGACAUGUACAUAAAGUGUGGGAGUCUGCGCCAUGCUCGCCUGGUCUUCGACAUGGUUUCAAGUCACUGCCCGGUCUCCUGGAAUUCUCUGAUGCUGGGAUAUGUGGAAAACAAGGACGAAGAGCAGGCGCUGGAUUUAUUCUCCCGCAUGAGCACUGUGGGCCACGUCCGAGAUGGUCGGAGUUUCGUUGCCGCUCUGAAGGCUUCCAGCGGUCUCGCAGGGAAAGAAGGCGGAAAGCAGGUCCAGGGAAAGCUCGUCAGAGUUUGCUCGCUGGAAAAAGUCAUGGGAAUCCACACUCAGGCACAAAAAGCUGGCUGCGACACUGACAUCUUCGUUGCAAGCGCUUUAGUCGACGCAUAUGCGAAGUGUGUGAGCAUGGAGGACGCUCGGAAAGUGUUCGAUACUAUGCCGCUUCACACGGUGGUAUCCUGGACAGCGCUGAUACUCGGUUACGCAGAGAACGACAGUGAGAAUCUGGCUUUGGAUUUGUUCUCCCGCAUGCCGAGCCAAGGCUGUCCGCCGAACGUCUGGACUUUCGUAGCUGCACUGAAAGCCUGCAGUGGGCGUGCAGCAAAAGAAAAAGCUGAUGGGAAGUGUGUGAAGACGGCGACUCUGGAUGCUGUCAUGGAUAUUCAUUCUCGCACGAAGAACGGUGGGAUGGACUCGGAUAUCAUUCUGCUCGGCGCACUGGUUGAUGCGUACGUGAAGUGUGGAAGCAUGGACAAUGCUCGAGAAGUUUUCAACGGCAUGCACAAGCAAGACACCGUUGUGUGGAACUCUUUAAUCCUGGGAUAUGUGGACAACGGGGAGGAAGCUACAGCACUUGAGUUAUUUGCAAGCGUUGCGGAGAAUUGCCGGGACUCUCGAACUUACGUUGCGGCACUCAAGGCUUGUUCUUUCCUGGCACUCAAAGAAGAGCCUCGGCAGCAAGAUGGCACUGCGGGAAAGGCUUUGGAAAGAGCCAUGAGCAUCCAUCUCGAAGCUGCAAAUGCUGGAUUUGAGCUCGACGUUUUCUUGGCGACCACGCUGAUCGAUACGUACGCAAAAUGUGGGAGCAUGAAGGAUUCACGCAGGGUUUACGACAAGCUUCCCGCUCAUAAUGCGGCACUCUGGACGGCCUUGUUACUCGGCUACGUUGAGAACUGGGAAGAAGCAGCGGUUUUGGAUCUGCUAGACACUAUGCCAGCUGAAGGAGAUGCUCAAACUUUCGUCGCUGCUCUGAAGGCUUGCGCCAAUCUAGCGGUGAAAGAAGAGGUUACCAAGGAGGUUGAUGGAAGGCUGGUGAAAGCUCGGGCUUUAGAGAAAGGAUCGGCUAUCCAUCGUCAAGCUUCCAAGUGUGAAAUGGAUUCAGAUGUUUUCGUGGCAAACACUCUGGUCGAUAUGUACGUCAAGUGCUGGAACCUGGUGGAUGCUUGGAGAGUUUUCAACGGCAUGGAAAACAGGAACGUCGUAGCAUGGAACUCGCUUUUACUGGGCUAUACGAAAGCCGGGGAGGAAGGGUUGGCUUUGGAACUUAUAUCGUCCAUGCAGUUUUCACCGGACGUGCGAACUUACAGCGCUGGAUUGAAAGCGUGCACAGCUUUGGCCGCGAAAGAGACUGGGACACAGGUUGAUGGGAAGCUUUAUAAGCUCGAGUCACUGGACAAAGCUCUGGCCUUGCAUCGCCAGUCGGCGGAGCUUGGCUGUGGCUCGGACGUUUUCUUGGCGAGCAGCCUGAUCGAAUGCUACGCAAAAUGUGGAAGCUUGGUCGAUUCUCUUCGAGUCUUCGAGAAAACGCCUCGCUAUAACGUUCUCUCGCUCAACGCGUUGAUGCUCGGCUAUGUUGAGAACGGGGAAGAAAAGAUGGCUUUGGAGUUAUUAGCCGCCGCCUUGGAAGGUUGUAAGCCGAAUGCUCAGACCUUCAUCGCUGCUCUCAAGGCCUGCACCGCUCAAGCUGCAAAAGAGGAAGGAAAACCAGUCGAUGGGAAGCUUGUCAAAGUCGACAGUUUGGACAAAGGCAAGGCCAUUCACUCGGCAGUCGUGGAGAAUGGCUAUGGCUCCGUGGGAGUGAUCACAGGCACGCUUGUCAACAUGUACGCGAAGUGCCGGAGCCUCACAGAUGCUCGUAAGGUUUUCGACAGCAUCGCCGCUUCCGACCGAGACGUGGUGCUGUGGAACACGCUGCUACUCGGCUACGUCGAAAACUGCGAGGAGAAGCUCGCCUUGGAAGCGUUCUCUGCGAUGCGAGCUCGAGGUAGCUGUCAACCGGACGCUGGAACUUUCAUCCCUGUGCUAAAGGCGUGUGGAAACAUGGCCUCCAUGGACGCCGCCAGGGAGAUCUUUGCCGUGAUGGUCAGGUAUGGAGCUGAAAACUUCCACACCGUCGCUAACUCUGUUGUGGAUGUUCUUGGCAAAUGCGGGAGCAUGAUCCACGCCCAGCUCGUCUUUGACGCUCUUGCGACGAGAGACACCGUGACUUGGAACUGUUUGAUCGCGGGAUAUAGUCACCAAAGUUCCAUCGCGAUGGUUUUCUCCUCGUUCCAUCAAAUGCGAGACGAGAACUUGGAGGUAAAUGGUGUAACUUUGGUGUCGCUUCUCACGGCUUGCAGCCACGCGGGGCUCUGGGACAAAGCCCGGCGCUACCUCGACGCAAUGCCGCGCGUGUAUGGAAUCCCAGCUGGCAUGGAGCACUACCACUGCGUGGUUGACGCGCUCGGGCGGGCCAACCAGCUGGACGCCGCCGUGGCAAUGGUCCAUACCAUGUCACUGCCUCCGACUGCGCUGACGUGGUUUACCAUCUUGUCCGCGUGUCAGAAAUGGGGUGACGUGGAGCGCGCCAGCUUGGUAAUGCGGUCCCUGCUGGUUGCACCCGGCAGCAGUGACGUGGUCGAAUCCGCCUACGUGUUAUUGGGCAAGUUGACCGGACGGUGACGUGUCAAUGGAUAAGGUUGACUUGGCGGUGACGUGUCAAUGCGCAAAAGAUGACAUGUGUGCACGUCACUGCCACGUCAUCUAUCUUUUUCUUGACAAAAAUAUGCCCUUGCGUCUUUUGUCGCCCUUGAUUGAGACCAAAGAAUGAUGGGUCAGUGAUAUUCGAGUGGGACGAUAUAUAUAUUUUCCAUUGUA